CACCUCUCGAUGCCCCCGCUGCCGCUAUCUCCUCCGGUACACGGAUUGCUACACGGGUGCAAAAUGGAUUACAGCGACCCUCCCGGGCUUCUCCGCAGGCGGGCAAUGCCGCGAUCUGGUUCUGCAGCAUGGAAGAACAUCCACAGUAAGUAAGCUUUUAUUUCUUGUAGAGUUUCUGUUAUUCGAAAAUCCUGGUUCUUCCCUUCAGAUCUAAAAAAACUCCAAACUAUGAUUCCUAAUGAAUAUUUCUUCCUUCUCCUCCCCCACCACCCCUCCCCCCAAAAAAAACAGAAAGAAAAAAAAAAGAAAAGAAAAAAAGAAAAAAAAAAGAGAAAGGACUAUGUCAGCAUGUGAAGGCUCUUGUGGAGUCAGUUUGUGGUACCAUAUUAUAAUCCUGGCUAGCAUUAAAAGCAGAGGUGCAGUCUCCUGGGGGUUUAUUACAGGGCUGUACAGGUGUCGUCCUGCUUUUAAGCACUCCAAAGCAAUUAGCAACGUUUCCAUUUUAACUCAGCGGGACUGUACAGCGCCUCCCUGUGCAGAACCCAGACGGAUCACGUUGUAUCCCAGCACCUCAUAACCUUGGCUACUCCCAUUUUUUUCUCCAGACGGGAUCCCAGGCAGAGCUGUGACUGCUUCCUGACGUUCCCCUCGUUUGGCACAGACUGGUGGCUGGCUGAAAGAGGCGGCAGGAGCUGGGGGCGGUCAGCGCUGGCAAGCCGGGGCAGCCCAGCUGCAGCCCGGUUCUGCGGGCAGUAGAGCUCGUCUGCUGGUGCGAGAGGUCUCGGGGCAAGGGAGACUCUAACGUGGAUAUAAAUGCUGUGAAGGCACGGAGUAGAAUGGGUAUCAGAGCUUAGGAGGGCAAUCUUUUACUGUAGGGGUUUUCGCAUCCCAGGUGGUCCUGCCUGAGCUGCGCCAGGGGGACCAAGGGGAGGGCAGAAGAUCAGUGUGCAUUAGGAACUGCUGUUGAACCUUUCUGGCUCCACUGAGGAGCUGAGUGUGUUGGUCCUGGUCCUCCAGGCUGAGACCGGCUUGUCCCUCAAAGAGGGAAAGAAAGACUGCGAUAUUUGGAGAUUCAUUAGGCUGUACAUCGCCCUUCCCGUUUCUGCCAGCCCGGCUCUGACCCGGAGCAUGGAAAGGAGAGGAGUGUUUGCGUGUGUGCUUGUUUGCGUUUCCCCGCUUCCUCUCCCUGUUUCCUGAUAAAUAAUCUAUUUCACUAUAUGUGCCAAGCUUCUCCGGGUCUUUUUGUCCUCCGUUGCAAUAUUGGUUUUCGAGUGCUAUAAAUACGAACUAAAGAAUCGCCUUCAGCGCUGCAAUUUUAAUUGUGUUCCAUAGGUAACUUUCCUUCCCCCACAGCUCAGUCCUGCGCUACGUAGACGCCCUUGGCAUUUUAUUACAGGGUCGGCCCUAAAUGUAUGGAUUACUUGUUUUCUGCCAACGUACAUUUAGCAUACUGAUUAUGAACCAGAAUACAAAAAGCCUGAUAGAUCAAAAGUAUUUUGUAUGGGCAGUUGAACAGGAGGUGAAUAUAUAACGCUUUUGUUCAUCAAUAACUCUUUGGCUUUGACCUGUCUGAGCAAGUCGUGCAAUAAGGUGAAACGCAGGUCACAGCGUCUAACAAAUAUGAAAAUGUGUAGUAUUAAGCAGAACGGGGAGCUGCUGCUUCCCCAGCUCCGUCGCUGCUCCUUGGGCAGCCCCAGGCGGGCUUGUCCGCUCCCGGGGGCUGCCCCAAACGAGAGGUCUCUUUGGGGAGCGGAGGGGAGUUACCCUGCCGGUUCAGCCGGGUGGUAAAUAACCCCCGUGAGGGCGGGGGGGUAUCCCCUCUCCCCUCAGAGAAAGGAUGCGAAAGCGGGGAGAGAUGCUGAAAAUAGCCGGGUGGGGAUUUGAAGAAUCCGGGGGGAGAUUAAGGAUAUAAAGUCGUUUUGAGUUGCACUUGCUGUGAAGGAGGCACCGCCGCAGUGGUCAGAAAGCAGACGUUUGAAAAUAGCAUCUCCCAGCUCAGGCACUUGGGAGCUGGAGGCAGCCAAACAGCCCGGUACACAUCGCUCGGAUAAGCGCAACACCCCCAAAUCUGCCCUCCGCAGUGGUUGGAUGUAUCACACCCGCACCAUUAUUUGUCCUUAUGGUGCCUGUUUUAAAUAGUGGAAGGAGAAGAGGUUGACCGCAGGACAGCAGUGAGGAGCUGGGUCAGACACAAUUCAUGAACUUUUGUACUCCUGUGUGCCGCUGUCGACAAAGUAAAAAUAAUGAAACUUUGUGAUAUGUUUGUAAAUGAUUUCGGCUGACCUCUCGCCCUGCCCUUCACCAUAAACGCUACGGCAGGGAAAACCUGGGAGGGUGCGAGGCUAAGGCUCGCAGGCAGAUCGCGGGGAUAAUAGCUAGACCAGCAUAAUAGGAUGAAGGUAAAUUUGGAAACUCUUUUUCCCGAGAGCAACUAACUCCAGCUUUUAAUCUUAUCUUUUUCACCAACCGCUGUUUCUGUUGUCGGCUGUUUUUACUUCUGUUUCGAUUUUUUUAGAAAUUCUGUUUUAUUUGGGGGAAAUUUCUAAUAUGUGGAGAAUCUUUUCAGAUUCCUGUUAGCCUAAAUAUUUAAAGAUUCCUUACUAAAUUACUUUAACCAUUAUUAUUCUAAAUAGCGCAAUUUGACUGACCACGUCCAUUUUCCAUAGCGAGGACGUAAGUGGCAGAGAAUUUAAAGAAAGAGGCAGGUCUUUCUGAGAAUUUGGUAGGCGAAAUUCGUCACUACGAAUUGGUGGAGGGUCGUGUAGUUCUAUUGCAGCAAUAAUAACAAGCGUGAAUCUUUUCUGAAAUCCCACCUUCAUGCAAAUCUGUAUUUCAGAACUGAGUCCCAGCAGAAUAGUUUGCAUUCCUCAGAAGACAGUGAGAGACUAAGAGAAUUGCAGAGACCUGCUAUAUUGUAGAUGAAAACAGAAUGUUAUUACGUUGUCUAUAUAUACCCUGUAGAACCGAAUUUGUGUGAUAUUCAUAUAGUCACAGAUUCGAUUCUAGGGGAAUAUAUGGUCGAUGCAAAAACUUCACCUUUCUGCAGAUGGUUAGAAGUUAAAAUACUGGCGGAAUCAAGAGGCAUAUGCGUGCUGAACACUCAGAAAUUAUAAAAGUUUUGCUGCCUCGCUCCUAUUCGCUAGGUUUUAGGACGUUUCUUAAAACUUCGGUUGUCGUUCAGUCCUAACUCUCACUGACAAUCUUUGAAUUUAAACAGUUAAAUUCACCAGAAGUUCCAAAAUUUCUGGGGAAGAAAAAAAAAAAAAAGAUAUUAUCUACCAAUCAGUGAAUGAGUCUUUUAUAAGAUACUCAUAAAUUAGCUAGAUAUGCUAGACGUUAGCAAAAUUUCCCUGUCAAGGGUCCAGAUCGCAUCAAAAUAUUUACGACAGCAGCAAAAGCAGCAUUCUCCUCGCUGGAAUGUAUUUACUUGUGCUCCAGGAAUUAUAUUGAUGAAUGAAGACCGAAUUUAUCUCAUUAAACCCGUGAUAUUUUUAACCUAAUUAAAUGACGUCUCCAGUUCAAUUGAUUGAACUUUAGUGGUUAAAAGUGAACUCUUUCUUGCCAUCUGUAUGAUUUUAUAUACAUACAUGUAUAGAUUUAUAAAUACACGUUGGCGUUUGCGUCUGUGCACGCAUACGUAUGCACACGUAUAUUUUGAGGCUUGAAAGCGAACGAGAAGUUACUGAUUGCCUAAUUUUAUUCAGCAGAACUAAAUUCUGGUAACUUUUGGAUGACCUCUGCUAGACAAAGACAGGACAGAUCUAUUGUACGUCAUAUUACCCUCUUCUUUGAUGGCUUUUCUUUUCCUCGCCUGCUUAUCAGUUUCUUCCCUUUUAACCCCGCUUCAGCUCAUCGCUCUGUAUAUUCCUUUCGAUUCUUUUUCUUAUUUUAUUUAAAGCGAGGUACCGAGCCCCGCUGGCGAUCUUGGCUAGCAGAUCAGACGGCAGGGCAGCAUCCUCCGGGGCUGGGGGAAGCCGGCUCAGACAAAAGGCUGUGGGCAGGGCAGCGCCCGCCGCCCCGGGGUACCCCUACACCUCCGGUACCUGGUUUGCGGGUGCGGCCCGCCGGAGAGGGGGGUCAUUCGGUUAGAGGGAUGUUAUUGAGUGGAAUCGCUGGAAAUGCGGGGAAAUGCGGCGGUGGGCGCCCGGCUCCCCAUUGGCCGGGCCGGUCACAUGCCCGCCUAACUUUAUUCAGUUGACAGCAAGUAGGAGGGCUCUAUGGCAGGGGAAAAAAAGACAACACGAGAAAAAUUAGUAUUUUCUACCUUCAGAAAUUAAUGGCCAUGAGUUCGUAUAUGGUGAACUCUAAGUAUGUGGAUCCCAAAUUUCCUCCUUGCGAGGAAUAUUUGCAGAAUAGCUACUUAGGCGAGCAGGGGGCCGAGUACUACAGUGCCUCGCAGGGCGCUGAUUUCCAGCACCAGGGACUCUACCCACGGUCAAACUACAGCGAGCAGCCCUUUAGCUGUAGCAAUGCCCAGGGCUCUGCCGGGCAGCCGCGGGGUCACGGACAGGAGCAAUCCGGCCCGGCGAGCCACUUCCCCGGCCCAGCAGAGCAUUGUCCACCGCCUCCAAUGUCCAACUCGCGAGCCUGCAGCCAGCAGCCGGCCCUCAAACCCCCAAACGGCUCCGCAGUUAAGCAGCCGGCAGUAGUUUAUCCCUGGAUGAAGAAAGUCCAUGUUAACUCGGUGAAUCCCAAUUACAACGGAGGGGAACCUAAACGCUCCCGCACAGCUUACACCAGACAGCAAGUCCUAGAACUGGAAAAAGAAUUUCAUUUUAACAGGUACCUGACCAGGCGCCGCCGUAUCGAGAUAGCCCACACUUUGUGUCUCUCUGAGCGCCAGAUCAAGAUCUGGUUUCAGAACAGAAGAAUGAAGUGGAAAAAAGAUCACAAACUGCCCAACACGAAGGGCAGAUCUUCUUCCUCUGGUUCAAACCCCCAUUUACAAACUGGUUCCAAGGACCAUCAGACUGACUUGACAACUUUGUAGAAGAGGUGAAAUUUUCCAUUUCAUCCUUCGCUUCUGACCAGUACUGUACAUAACUGACACUGCCCAAGCAGAACCUGCAUGUAGCAGCUAAGGACACGAGAAACUGUCAUCUUUCUUUAAGGUACUGUUGUACAAAGGAGACAAAAUGACGCUACUUUGGACUUUAUUUUAUUUGCCUCUGCUAGCACAACCUAAAAAAGGAAAACAAAAAAAAAAAAAAAAAAAAAAAAAGGAAAGAAAGAGAGGGAAAAACAAACAAACAAACCAUCAUGCAGGCAGUGGGAAUUGGGAAAAUAUUAAAUGAGACCUUCUGUCCUUAAAAAUAAUAAAUCAUUGAAAAUGAAA